ACAGCCAAACUCGCCGUAACCGCAAGCUCUCUCCUCCCCGACGAAGGCUUAGGGUUUGCGAGAGACUGAGGGCCACCGCCCUCUCUCACCUCUAUGUAUGUCAGCUUCUUCCUCGACGACGACUUGGGUUUAGAGAGGAGAUCGACCCCGUCGCCUUCCUUCGCCGACAACUCCCCUUCUUCAGCCGUCGUCGCCUGCUUGUCCGACGACUCCUUCCGCGCCCCUUUCUCCGGCCACGGGCGAGCCACCAGUCGGAUGGGUGGCGAUCCCAGCACUGUCGCGCUCACCCUCAUCUUCGGCAAUGCAAAUCGGCAGCCCUGUGCCGCCCCUUCCCUCGGCUCGACGUCGCGCCAGGCCUCCCCACUAACUGUCGUCAUCUCCUCUGUGCUCGUCGGUUCCUCUUGCGGCAUGGUUAAUGGCGCAACCUCCACUUUGUUCCAUCAUCGCCGUCGCCCCGACUGGACCCGUCGUCCCGUGCCCGCCUAGGCUGUCGUGCAGACCUCCAGCAUCUUUAAGGAUUGGUAUAUUUUCUUAAUGGUAGUGAUUUUUUUCGUAGUGAUUUAAAAAAAAAUGGUAGUGAUUUUUCCCCCCAUAGUGGUAGUGUUUUUGUCGUAUUGAUAUUGUUUUUGUCACAUUGGUAUUGAUUUUGUCGCAUUGGUAGUGAUUAAAUCUGCAAUAGUAUUGGUGUUUUGUGAAAUGGUAGUAUUUUUAUUUCUCGAAUGGUAUUGAUAUUUUGUACAAUGAUAGUAUUUUUUUAAUGGAUUGGUAUUGAUUUAUUGUUUUGUUGUUGCAGCGAUAUUAGUUUGGCUGAAUGAAAUCAAGGAAAGAUU